ACUUCCUUUUUUUUUCUUUUUUCUUUUAUGUCUAUUCUUUUUUUUUUUUGGGUGGUAAAUCCCUGCCUUUUUUUAGGGCAUGUUACUGCGUCUUUUUGCUUCAGAAUAAAGGUGUAAUUUAUUUUUAAAAGAUUGUUCAUGAUUCAGUUUCCAAAAUGAUGAAUUAUAAACAGCCCGUGACAUAUUAACAACUCUUUGAAUGAAUUAUAAAUGGGUUAAGCUUUAAAUCAUUUUGUUGCAUUUUAGUUUUAUUUUUUGGUUUAGAACUCGAAACUCGAUGAUGUAGAGCAUAUUGUAUUAGUCAGCUGCACGAUUGUCUAUCCAGAAGGGCUCGCCAAAUUUUUAGUUUUUUUUUUUUUUUGGCCAAAAUCAAGCAAUAUUUCUAGGACCAGAAGAUCGCCUCUUUUAUACAGAGGGUUUGAUUGGGAGGCUGAUCAAUCUUUUUUCUCGAGGAUUAAAGAUUAUUUGGUUAGAGAUAUAGGAGGGAGAGGGGAAGGGAGAGAUAGGAGAUGGUAGACGAAUUGAAGCAGAGCCAGAAUCUAUGGUUGAAUACUGCAGCGCAGUCCUCAAGCAUAGUUGACAUCGAAGCAUUUCAGCCUCAGGAACAUCAACUGCAACAUUCCACGACUAUCUCUGAUGGCAAGAUGGACUUCUUUGAGAGAGCAUUCUCUGCUGCAGGAGCUGCUGUUUUCUCGGCUAUUCUUGUCAACCCUCUUGAUGUUGCCAAGACAAGAUUGCAAGCACAGGCGGCCGGGGUUCCAUACUCACAUCCACUAAGUAACCUUACAAGUCGCAUGGCAGUGUUUGGACCAAACAUGAUGUUUGCAGAUUUAAGAUGUUCUCCUUCAUGCACUCGUGCUGGUGUCCAUGGUACGGUAUCAAUAUGCCCACCUGAUUGCUUCCACUAUAAAGGGACCUUGGAUGUGUUUUAUAAAAUAAUCCGACAGGAAGGAAUUGCCAGGCUAUGGAGAGGAACAAAUGCAGGAUUAGCGUUGGCUGUACCAACAGUUGGGAUCUAUCUUCCUUGCUAUGAUAUUUUCCGCAAUCAGUUAGAGGAAUUCACUUCGCAGAAUGCGCCAAGCCUUACAUUAUAUGCACCAUUAGUAGCAGGUUCAUUAGCACGGUCAUUGGCUUGCAUAAGUUGUUAUCCUAUCGAACUUGCUAAAACGCGGAUGCAGGCAUUCAAGGAUACCCACAUUACCAAGAAGCCUCCAGGAAUUUGGAAGACUUUAAUUGAGCUUAUCUCCAAUGUCAAGAGCACUCCUAAUAACCAGAGCUUACAAAGCUACCGUGUGUUGUGGACUGGCCUUGGUGCUCAGCUUGCACGUGAUGUUCCUUUCUCCGCAAUCUGCUGGUCAACACUUGAGCCGGUAAGGAGGAGGCUUCUUGGUUUGAUGCAAGAUGAUGCUAAUGUUGUGAGUGUCCUUGGGGCAAACUUUUCCGCUGGUUUUGUUGCCGGAAGCCUUGCUGCUGGUGCUACAUGUCCUCUUGAUGUUGCAAAAACACGAAGACAAAUUGAGAAGGAUCCUGUCAGGGCACUAAGGAUGACCACUAGACAAACACUGCUGGAGGUUUGGAGAGAUUGGGGAAUUAAAGGACUGUUUACUGGUGUGGGUCCUCGUGUUGCUCGUGCUGGCCCUUCAGUUGGAAUUGUGGUUUCAUUCUAUGAAGUCGUUAAAUAUGUUUUUCAUCGACAGUAUGCCAUUGAAGUGUAACAUGCAGAGAACAAUCCUAUUUAUCAUUUGAAGGUUGGUUCUCCGCUGUUGAAAGAGCGUAGUUGCUGACUUAUUUGAAGCUAACUCCCUAAGACGUUACAGGCAGUUUUGGUGAUAUGUUAGAUCGUCCAACCUGCGAAUGCCACAAAUAAUUUAUCUCCUCAGUUAUGUUUCUACCUUCUUGGGUGGUUUAGGAACUGAUAUGAUAUUUUGUAAAAAAAAAUUUUGGCCGGUUAGCAGGUUUCUCUUGGGAUUCAUAAACAUCUCAGUUAGCAGGAAACAUAUUUUUCUGUCUUGCGUCUUCAAUGGGGAUCCGGGCUUGGGAAAAUUUUUUUUAUUUGUUCCAACUAAUUGAGCUGUGGAAGUUUACUAUGUAAUGGAGGGAUUAGUUGGAUUCCAUUAUGAGACGUGGGGAGUCCCCAAUUUCCCGCCUCGACCCUACUUGAAAUUGAACUAAAGCAUAAAAGCAUCCAUCAAUACAGUUGGAUGCUAUUGACGCUUCGUAUGGGAGAGGCUAUUAAAA